CUGAUAUGAGUAAUUAGGUUUUCUAUUGAGUAACAAUAAGAGUGGUGUUCCACCCAGUUUAGACUCACGGUAUAAAUUUAACAAGAUUAUCAUUAGACACUAAUACAAACACCUGGGCUGUGAGCUGGAGCUGUACAGGUAUGGUAGACACAGCAAGUGAACAAAAAAAGUUAUGUAUGUUGUGUCAUUGAUGGACUUAUUACAGAGGAUAUGUGUGUGUGUGUGUGUGUGUGUGUAUUACAUACAGAGAAAGAGAGAUUGUAUGCUCACAGGCUAUCCAGCAAAUACUUUGUAUUGAAGUUCUGUAAAUGCUAGAUAGCGCAUUGAGAGAGUCUUCUGAUAAGGAGAAAUAGAACGAUAGGAUAACUAAUUGUGGGAAAAUAAUGCUGGUGAGGGGUUCCAGAGGCAUAAUAGUAGUGAAUGAAUGUUAAGGGGUUUAUAAAUGUUUCCUGAAUUCUAAGAUAACAUUAGUUUCCCAUAAUGCACCCUUUGCUGUCAUACAUCCUAUUGGUUAGAGAAAGUGUUAGAGUAGUGUAGGGGUAAAGAAGAAGCGUUUAAUGAUAGGAUGUUAGGACACCAGUUGUAUAUAUGUGUCCCGGUUUUGCCCAGGAUUAGAGGAAAUUACACUCUCAGGUUGAAUUCAUAUGGAAAAGAACUGAAUUGAACUAUUGACAGUUGCAGUUCAAGGCUGUAGCUCUCACUAAUCUUUUUCACACAGAUUUCACACUUUUCUGCAUAAGAUUAAUCCCCUCCAUAUUGCACAUGCACAUUAUUCCCCUUUCAUUAAGGAGAAUAAGUCCAUAGAUAACAUCACCAUCCAUGCCUGCACAAAAAAUGAGAAUGCAGAAAAUGAACACACACACAAAAUGAAAAUAUAGAAAAUGCUUGGUUAUCUAAAUUAAUCUCAUUUUCAGUCUGGGUAAAAAAGUUUAAAACAAAAUAAAAAUAUUUUUCAUAUAGUUUAUCUUUUUUUCUCCCAUAAAGUUGAAGCUCUUUUGUACAUUCUCUCACACAUAACAGAAUAAACUUCUGAUAAUGAAAUGGCAUAUUUUUCUCUCUUAGCCGUAACUUGUGAUAGGUGAUGGUAAAAACAAGGCAAAUGUGAACUCUGCAGGUGGUAUUGUUUGUGAAAUUAAUUUAUUUAUAUUAAGUCAUUUUGUUUUACAUUAUAUUUCUACUUAUCUUAUUGCUUUUUUUGACUAAUAGUUGCCUAAUUUUGUCAUAUGACUUUUUUGCUCAGAGAGACUUCAAACACUACUGAGUAUACACUAAUAAUUAAUUUUUUCUUAUUGUCUUAUGUUUUAUUAUCAUCCCUCUGCAGUUAUUACUAAAAGGAGUAUUACAGUGGUACCCAGACAGUGAUGGAACCCAACAGAAGAUAUUGGUAUGUUUUACUGGUUCCUUAUUUCCUACCAUCAAUAACUUGCAAUAUUACACCAGCUCAUCUCUAUAAUGUGAUAAUGAGUUCAGAGAUAAAGGAGAACCCUUGCUUCACAUUAGACCAGUUAGCUUUUAUAUUAUAAAACUGAAUAGAACAUGGCUACCAGCCUAGGAUAAAGUCCCUUUUACAUUAGCACAAAUGCUGUAUUGAAGUUUAAUUUCUUUUCACUUAUUAACAUUUCUUAUGUAGCACACUUCUCCCGAGCUCUUAACACUUAUUAGUAAUAAAUCAGUCAAUUAGCAAAAAAGCUAUUAUGUAAUCAUAAAAAAGCAUCUACAGCAUUGGAACUGUAAAGGAUCAUCAAUGUUUAUAUAAUCUUUUAGAAUCAAGUCAUACCCUCUGGGUUGAUAUUAUAAUACAGUGAUUAUGUAAGUGUUAAAGGGUUACUCCAAGCACCUUGACCACUUCAUUGAUUUGCUGUGGUCAUGUUGCCUGUAAUCUGUUUUUGCAGCAUUUUGCUUUGCAUACAUAGAUUAACCUCUUAGCUGGCGGAGAUAUAUCUUCACCUCCCGGAGUGUCAUUAGCUAGCCCAGAACAAAGUUUAUGGCUGACUAAUGUCAAUUCUGUGCAAAAUUAACAUUUGAUACCAGAACAAAACCAUGCUGGCACAAGACAGCCAAUGGUGUCACGCAAGGCCAUGGCUUAGCUCAGUGCAGGAACUUCUAUAUGAAGAGAAAGCGGUGGUGGAUACCUGCAGACCGCAGGUAAGUUGCCAAACCAUUCUUAGAUAAAACUGACAGAUAUUGUAAGUCAGUACAGUAAAAUCUCACCAAUUUACUAACCAAUAGUAUGCCUUCAGGGACAGCCAAUAACCAGUAUUUAGAAUUGUUUAGUCAUUAAUAAAAUAGUAGAUACUCUUCCACUUCUUAAUUUAUGUCAUGGACUCAUUACUAUCAAUAACAGAGUGUUUGCAAAUGAUGUCAAAAUGCUAUUUAAAGUAUGUAAACUAACAUCAAAGGUUGUGUCAUGCUCUGCAGAGUGCAUUCCAUAUAAAUAUGGUGAUAUGGUAUUUAAAGGAAUAUCCAAUAUAGUACAAUGAAAAUAAUUUUAUUGCUUUGCUUUUAUUUGCAGUGAUGAUAAAAAAUCCCUCCAGGAAGCACGCCACUUACUGGAGACAGAGGUAAGGAAUGCAGAGGGUGGUCCAAAAGGGACAGGUGGAGUGCAGUGUUUUCCUCUCAAAUGUUUGCUGCAAUAAAAAAAAAAUUAGUUGUAAGAAGUCAUUAUAAAUGUCUGAUACUGUACAAAUAUAUUCGGGCCAAUACAAACCAUUGUGUGGAAAUCUAUUCACAAACCGGACUUUACAUAGGACACAAGGCCAUGCGUUUAGACUGGAAGAAAGAAGAUUUCGUCUAAGGCAAAGGAAAGGUUUUUUUACUGUAAGAACAAUCAGGAUGUGCAAUUCUCUGCCUGAAGAAGUGGUUUUAUCAGAGUCCAUACAAAUGUUCAUACAGCUACUAGAUGCCUACUUGCAAAAACAGAAUAUUCAAGGAUAUAAUCUUUCAAUGUAGGGUAAUAACUGCUUGAUCCAAGGAUAAAUCUGACUGCCAUUCUGGGGUCAAAAUGGAAUUGUUUUCCCAGCUUGUUGCAAAAUUGUGCUUCAAACUGUUUUUUUUUGCCUUCUUUUGGAUCAACAGCAAAAAACAAAUGUGAGGAAGGCUGAACUUGAUGGACGCAAGUCUCUUUUCAGCUAUGUAACUAUGUAACUAUGUACUUCUCCGCACUUUCUGGAGAUUGCUGGAGAUCCAACUAAUCAUGUCAAGAUUUCAGGGCAUGGUGAAACCCCAUUUUCUGGGAAUAUACUCUUCAAACAUGCUUAGUCUGCUGUAGUGGGAUUUCAGACAUCACCCUGUAUUCUAUGGCUGUCAGAUUCCAGGGUUUCCUAGCAUCAUGGAAGUUUACUGGUAAGGAAGAUAAUGAAACAGAGAUGACACAUCAUUCACACACACACACGCACACACACACACACAUCAAUUUUAUGUAUAUAUAUCCUGCCGAAAGUUCCAUUAGUAAACUGAAACGUUGAUCCACCUAGGCUGUUGCCUGAAUAAAGAUAAGUUUUUUCACCAUAUUUCUAAAGUCCUUGGAGUGCUAUCUUUACACUACUUAUUUUAUAUUUAUUGCUGACCAGCACCAGGCCGAUUAUCUCUUAACAGGAGUGCAAGCAUUGGAUUUUAUAUACAUAUAUAUAUAUAUAUAUAUAUAUAUAUAUUGUAAUGGCACCCCCAGGCAUAAAAGGAGUUAAAAGCCAUUUCGUAGAUCUUCCCUUCCAGAGACACAGGCAGCUACUGUAGAACACCUAUCUCCCUUACUGAGAAACACACGAAUUCUCCAAACUCCUGAACCCGAACCAUAUGAAGCCUCUCAAACAUACGAACACUCCAUACCUACGAACGGGAAAAACCAUACGAAUAGGUUUACAAUCCUGAACCAGCAAAUAGUCAAACCAUACAAAUUAUUUCCCCCAAAGACGAGACAAUGCUCCGUGUUGACGGUCAGUAGGUGAUCUGGUUUAAUGUGGACUACCUCCCCAGUAUUUAUGCAGGUCUCCCAUCUGGUGGACACUCCCCUAGGGACCAAAUGGGAUACUGUGACAAGGACAAUACAAUAGCCAAUCACAGAGUUACACACAUAGCCAUUCCCCUUUAAUUACCCAGGACCCUUUGCUCUGCCCAGGAGAUAAUUGGGAAGUAAUUCAAUUAUCUCCCUGGACAGAGCCUAAAUGCCAUCUUGGUGACAAUUGGAAAAAUGCAUAAAAACAUAUAACUUUGCAAUACUAUGAUAUAAUACAGGCAUUCAACGUGUACCCAGAUAGCUGGGAUCUGAGCGCACAAAAGUACCGAAUAGCGCUUAGAUCCUAUGCACACAGUCCAAUCGCCGUGGAGUCAAAGUGUUCACAUAGUCUGUUCUCCAUACGAAUAGACUCCACGGGAUGGCUAUCUGGGGUAUGGCUUUUCGUGACAAAAGUACCAAAUACAGGGACGUUCGUGAGCUUUCUACCGAACGAGAAGGGAGGUCGGCGGCUUCAGCGGUGUUCGUGCCAAAUAGUGUCCGUUUUCAGUUCCAUGGGUUUUUCGUCGAACACUGCUGACCGUUCUGGACUUUAAAAUGGCUGCCGCCACGUGUUCGGCAAACUAACAAAGGCCACCCAGCAUUCUUCAAUUAAGCUGCGGUUAACCGCAGUUUCUGGGAGGUCAAUUGCAGACACACGCCCAAUACAGGUGGUCCAGGCAUUCGGUUGUUUGUUUGGUAGAUUGAAUCUACCGAACGCCGGGCAGAAAGGCACAAACAAGCCUUUUCUGCAGGGGAAAAGAAGGCUGUUUAACACGGGCCCAUAGUCCAAAGGCAACAGGCGAGCAACCAGGCUUCUCCAGUGCUUCGGUUGGUUUCGCCACAUAGAAAUUUAUUUAUUUUUUGCCCUAUGUCGAUUCCUGUUUGUAUAACAUCCACCUAUUUAGAGGAACUAUGACCUUGUUUUAAGAUUGUUGGAAAAGGUUUCCAAAUUAUUUAAUAUUAAAUAUUAAACUAUCACAACAUGUAUAAUCUAUAAAAAUUAAAUCAAGUAUUCCACAAUAUUAAGGGAACACAAACAUGUAUUUUUGUAAAUUGUUAAUGAUAUUUUUAGGAUAGGGACGUAAAAUAUUGAUAUUUUUUGCGGUUGCCAAAUAGUAUAACAUGGUAAUGGAUUUUGAGCCCCUGAAAACAAUCUGACAAGUAUAGUUUGACAAAAUUAACAUUCUUAUAAAAGGCUUUUGUUUUUGUCAUACAAGUAAAUACAGUUCAUAACUUUAAAAAAAAAUCUCAAUUGUAUAGAUAUGGAUAUAUCACACUCUACUAAAUCCAUUCUUUUUCCAUUCAUUCUCAUAGUCUUCAUUGUGAUUUACAAAACUAUCCUAUCAAUUUACCCUGGCCUGUUGGCUUAACAUAAUUCAUAAGUCCAACCUCCAUUUUAUUAUUUAGUCUUAAUCCCUUUUAAUUAAACAGUCUAUUUCAUCAUUUAGUUUUUAUCCCUUUGCUGCAACAGUUGUUGUAACUUCAUUCAAUAUUGUCUCCCAUCUUUUCUAACCAGUAGAAAUAAUACAAUAAUAACAUUUGGUUACCCAACAUUUACAAUACUCGCUAUUGUAACUCUUACUGUGAUACCCUGUAAAAUCAGCAUUCAUAAAUUCUGUAGUUUUUAUUUGUAGCAUAUAGUAAUAUGUGCAAAUUUGUAGUGGCCAUUGCCAUUUAAUUUAAAAUAUACGUUAUUCAAUACAGUCUAGGAAGACUGUUAAACCUGAAAAUGUGAUUGCAGUUGGUCCUUUUAACUAUUUGGAAAACUGGCAACAGCUGGUGUACAUGCACUGUUUAGAGGAGAGCCAGUGGUAUAUCAUUAAUAAAUAUUCAGUGAUGUCAUGAAGAGAGGCUCAAAGACACAAUAAAAGGAAUUAACGUUCUAAACUAUUAUUAUUAUUAUUACUGGCAUUUAUGUAGCGCCAGCAUAAUCCGUAGCGCUUUACAAUAUUAAUAGAGGGGGAGAAUUAACAAGAAAUUAGACAAUUACGAAAACUUACAGGAAUGAUAGGUUGAAGAGGACCCUGCUCAAACAAGCUUACAGUCUAUAGGAAGUGGGGCGAAAAACACAACAGGUAGCAAUCAAACAAGGUGGAGUGAAGCAGAGCUGGAGGAGAGAAUAGAGUGCUGUCCUUUAGGAGAGAGCAAGGGACACAUAUGUGAGGUAGAUGUUACUCUGGGAGGCCAUAUGCUUUCCUAAAGAGAUGGGUUUUGAGGCACUUUUUAAAUUAUUGAAGACUAGGGGAGAGCUUGAUGGUCGUAGCAGGCUAUUCCAAAGGAAAGGAGCCACCCUCGUGAAGUCCUGCAAGUGUGAGUUGGCCGUACGGGUGCGAGCAGCGGACAGGAGAAGGUGAUGGGCAGAGCGGAGAGACCGAGAAGGGGCAUACCUGUGGAUCAGUGAAGAAAUAUAGGAGGGUCUAGAUUGGUCAUUGCUUUAUAGGUGUGGAUUAGCACCUUGAUUUGACUCCUAUAGGAUACAGGCAGCCAAUAUAAGGACAAACAGAGGGGAGAGGUGUGAGAGGACGACAGGAGAGGAAAAUCAGUCUAGCUGCACUAUUUAUUACAGACUGUACUGGGGCAAUACAACUUGUGGGAAGACCUAUUAGGAGAGAGUUACAAUAAUCCAUGCGAGAGAUUAUUAGAGCCUGUACAAGCUCCUUAGAAGCAUCUUGUGUAAGAAAGGGGCGGAUGCGGGCUAUGUUAUAAUGGUGGAAUCUACAGGAUUUGGUAACAGACUGGAUGUGAGGCUCAAAUAUGAGACCAGAAUCAAAUAUAUCGCCACGACAGCGUGCUUGCAAGGAAGGACUGUUGUGGGUACCACUCACUUGAAGGGAGAGUGAAAGAGGAGGAUCAGUAUUAGGAGGAGGAAAGACAAGGAGUUCAGUUUUAGAGAGAUUGAGUUUCAAAGCACCUCACUUUUGGACCGAACUUCCGGGGAGAGCCUUUCAGUGAUACACAGACAACAUGUUUCAAUUUGGGCUACUACCAAUGUAUUAAAGCUCAGGCAAACAUAUUUAUAGACAGAAGUUACAGCAAAAGUAACAUGACAAGAUCACAUCAGCUAAACACGAUAUUGCUUAUUCAGCAACCAACAACAUGUAUUUCUGGUAAUGAGGUCAAAUAUCUGAGUGUCAUCAGCGUACAGAUGGUAUGGGAAUACAUAUGAGGUAAUAAGUUUGCCAAGAGAGAUAGUAUAAAGAGAAAAUAGAAGGGGACCAAGGACAGAGCCUUGGUGGACUCCAACAGAGACAGGACAAAGGGAGGAGAUAUCAAUAGAAAAGGAGACACUGAAUGAGCAUUGGGUGAGAUAGGAGGAAAACCAAGAGAGGACAGUGUCACAGAGACCGAGUGAUUGAAGAGUUUGGAGAAGGAGAACAUGGUCAACAGUGUCAAAGGCAACAUAGAGGUCAAGAAGAAUUAGUAUGGAGUAGUGCCCUUUGGAUUUAACUGUGAUUAGGUCGUUAGUGACUUUAAUAAGAGUCUCAGUAGAGUGGAGGGGGUGGAAACCAGACUGAAGAGGGUCAAGGAGAGAGUUGGAAUUGAGGAAACAAGUCAGAUGGGUAAAAAAAAGUCUUUCCAGAAGCUUUGAGGAAAAAGGGAGCAUGGAUAUGGGACGAUAGUUAGAAGGGGAGGACGGGUAAAGAGAUGAUUUUUUUCAGAUGGGUACUACAGUAGCAUGUUUAAGGGCAGCAGGGACAAUACCAGAAGAGAGAGAACAGUUGAAGAUGUGUGUUAAGGAAGGCACAAGACAAGAGGAGAGAGAUCUGAAAAGGUGAGAUGGGACAGGAUCAAGCGGGCAAGUGGUGGGGCAAGAAGAAAGGAGAAGUGCAGCCACCUCUUGUUCAGCAGCUUGGGAGAAAGUCUGGAGGGCAGGAAAGGCAUGAUCGAGGUAUGGUUGAGAAAGCGAGGGGCAAGGUGGUGAGAAUUCUUUCCUUAUCUGUUCAAUCUUGUCGGUAAAGUAGCAUGCAAAGCUAUCGGUUGUAAGGUUAGUUUGGUGGGUGGCCACAGCAGGGCAAAGAAGGGAAUUAAAGCUAUUAAAAAGACGCCUGGGAUUGUGAGAACAUGAGCUAUUGAGGGAGGAAAAGUAUGACUGUUUGGCAAGGGCAAGGGCUGUGCUGUAUGAAUGCAACAUGAAUUUGUAGUGGAGGAAGUCAGACUGAGUGCAUGACUUCCUCCAGCAGCGUUCAGCAGAACGGGAGCAUCUCUGCAGGUAGCGUGUUGAUUUAGUGUGCCACAAUUGGGCGCGUGUUCUCCUCACCGUGCAUGUUUGAAGUGGGGCUGUAGCAUCCAGGGCAGAGGUUAGGGUAAUGUUAUAUGAGGAGAUAGCCAGUGAGGGACAGGUGAAAGUAGGGAUGGGUAGAAGUUUGGGAAUCAAUAUGAGCUGAUAAAUUGCUGCAGGUCAAUAUAAUUCAAUAUAAUUCAGAUUUCUUCUUAGUUAAGGGGGGUUAGGUUGAAAAUGAUGGUGUGGGGCUAUUGAGAGCGAAUCAUAAGAGGCGGUGAUCUAAGAAAGGAAAUUGAGUGUUGCAGAGAUUACAGAUUGUACAUGAGAGAAAAUAAAAUCAAGGGUAUUGCCAGCUACAUGGCUGUGGGACUUAGCCCACUGUGAUAGUCUAAGGGAGGAGGUCAUUGGAAGUAGUUUUGAGGCUACUGAGGACAAGGGUAUGUUAAUGGGAAUGUGGAAGUCCCCAAGAAUCAGGGAUGGAAUAUUUUAGGGGAGGAAGUAGGAAAGCCAAGCAGCAAAGUGGUCAAGGAAGAGGAGAGGGGAACCAGGGGGACGAUAGAUAACGGCAAUGUUAGCAAAGAUGGGCUUGAAAAGGCGAGUUGACUGAAAUUCAAAUAAGGAGAAGGAGAGGGAAGGGGGUGUGGGUAGAGGUUUGAAGGAGCAGUGAGGUGAGAGCAGAAACCCUACACCACCACCUUUGCUUUCAGAGUGUCUAGGGUUGUGGGAAAAUUGAAGAGCCCCAAAGGAUAGAGAGGCAGGGGUAUUGAAUCAAUGCAUCUCUAUGAGGAAAGUUCAGUGUAUCCAUGCAGAGGGAGGAGACACAAUGUGCAGCACUGCCUCAGGAAUUACCUCUAGUAGCCAUCUAAGGAAUGGUCAGUGGAGGUAUCCCUAGGCUGUAAUGUAAACAUUGCAUUUUUUCUGAAAAUAUACUGUUUACUGCAAAAAGCCUGAAGGGAAUAAUUCUACUCACCGGAAUGGAUGCAAUAAGCUGUAGUUGUUCUGGUGACUAAAGUGUCUCUUUCUUGGAAACUAGUUUUUGUCUAAUUUUGCUGAAUACUGUUUUCUUAUGUACAUAUUUUUUCAUUUUUGUGUGCAGAUGUCCAGUCCCUAUCCAAUGUCUUUCCCAUGUUGGUAUCAAACUAUAGAGUUUAAUUACCCAACAACCCCAUAUCAAUCCCUAAGGCAACAAAUACCGAAGAUCUUGACUAUCCUUGCCAAGAAACGCAGAUAUCUUAAUAUGAUAAAGAAGUUUGAUGCAAAUGGUAAGUUGAAUUGUCAUAUUAUAUGUCCUACACUAAUGAUGGAUCAGUGCAUGCAGUGUGCAGGUAUACCUUCUGAUCUAAAUAAAACAUGUUCUUUCCAGAAUGUUGAACACAAAGUAUAGUUAUGAUUACUGUAUUAAUAUGCAGCAAUAUAGUUUUAAAUUUUGCCCUCUAACUUCAUGAAGCCUUUGUGCCACCCCAAUAUCUACCACCCCACUUUUUUUUUUUUUUCAAUUGUAUUUUAUUGAAUUUUUCACAAUUAUGAAUUCAGUACAUAGUCACAGCUCAUGAAACAUACAUUCUGUGGUACAAUGAAUUCCUAAUGUAGCCCCUUGAUAACAGUCGGGGAUGGGUAGUUUAUCGAACAUAACAAAGGCAUAUACAAAACAGGUGUGCAGGUAAGAUCAAAAAUGACGUAUUUGACAGUUCUUUUUACUCCUUUCCACAUUAAAGUGGCAUAUUACUCCUCACUUGGCUCUGGCCUGGUUAGAGAUUACUCCCCUCUUCUAUGCUGUUUUGCUUAUCCCAGACAAUUCCCCUUUUCGUACCAUGCCUCCCAACCCUCCCAUGUUUCCCUGAAUUUUGCGGUGGCUGUAGUGGUGUCUGUGGACAUUUUCUCAUAAAUGUAAAACUGUUGUAUUUUGUCUUUCAGUUGUUGUGUGGAUGGGCAACUGUGUUUUUUCCAAUUGAGCGCUAUCAGGUUGCGUGCUGCCAUUAAGAUUAGCAGGAGCAGUUGUUUUUGGCUCUUGUGUGUCUCUUUGGGGAACAGUAGGAGUAGACAGGCCUUAAUGUUUAGGGGGAAGUCUCUGAUUCCCAGGGCAUCUAUUAUCUCCUUAACAUCCCUCCACAGCGGCUGUAUGCUGCUACAGUGCCACCAGACGUGUGGUAGCGUGCCUAUUUCCGUAUUACACCUCCAGCAUUCGGCUGGUACCGCAGGGUAUAUCCUAUGCAGCCUAUUGGGGGUCAUAUACCAUCUAUAAAGCAGCUUCCGGUGCGCCUCUAUAUGGGAGUAGCAUUUGGUCCAUCUUUUGAGACCGUUUAGAGCUGAUAACCAGUCUUCCUCAGUUAGCUCAGUCUCUGCCUCUGCCUCCCAGUGAAGUUUGCAUGUCGUUGGCUUAUGGGGUGCUAAUUCUAGCCAGGCUUUAUAACAAAGGGAAAGGGUCUUGGGUUUCUGCAGGGCUGUCCAGCAUCGGCUGGGUAUUAGUUACCACCCCACUUUUAAUGCUUUAGCUUUACUCUUUCUGCUUUUUAACUUCUGUGCUCCUAUGGAUAGCUUGUAUUUUUUUUUCCUUCUAUCCCUUUUGCUUUUCCAUGUCAUUUAUGUCUUUUAAAUAACUAUUGCACCUGUAUAUACCCAUUGAGCAUUGUUAAGAGUUUCUCUGUUCCUCUUGUUGAUAACAUCUCAUUUUGUAUAUUCUCUCUAGUGUCCCCCCCUAUUCAUUAAUGGGAUACUCUAAGCACCAGAACCGCUCCAUCUUAACAAAGUGGUUUUGGUACAAAGAGCCUUUCCCUUCACACGCUCGUUAGUAUAGUAAACAUUGCCUUUUAAGAUGAUGGUUGUUACAGUAUGGCGAUUGCCAUGCAUGCACAGUAACCCCCACCCCCGCUUCAUCCCCUCUUCUCUAAUUGUUCUCCAAUGAGAAGCAUUUGGAUUAAUUGAGCACAUCAUAACUGAUUAUCUGAGCAAGGAGCGAAGAGCCAAAUAAUGAAAAAGGUAGUUGUGAUGAGGGAUACAAGGUGAGUUUAUCUUCUAUAUGUUUUAUUCUAUUAGUUUUAAUGGAAGGCCACCUAAAUCUGCAGGAAAAAACCUCUAACAUUAGAAAUACAUGUUUUAAUUAACGGUACUCCAGCCACAUAUUUGGGGUUCUUUUUCUAUGUUAUAAUGUUACAAUAUUUUAUGCUUCUCAAUUGUACCAUCUGUCAUUCUGGUGUCCCCGUUCUUUUAACAUAUACUAAUUAUUAUAAUUUACUAUAUUACUAGAUUAUAAUUUACUCCUAAUGUAUUAUUCCAAAAUAAUUCCAGUGCUCCCUACAUGCUUGUAGUUAAUGUGAUUAUUCCUCUAAAAAGUGUGUUUUGUGCUUGCUAAAGGAAAAUAGAAAUGGAAUGACGAAUCUCCUGCCACUCAUACACAGGGGAAAUUAAGUCAUGUCAGAAUUACUGACAAGUAUUUUACAACUUGUAGGACCUGCUUAAGCGGGGGUCUGCCUUGACGUUGGCAGGCGGGCAUUCCCUCCAAUGGCCAUUGGAGUAACUAAAUGACCUCCAUUUGUCUAAAUAUACAUAGGGAUUAAGGAGAGAGCACAGGUAACUUUUUCUUUUCUUAAGUAUUUUACAACUUGGGGAAAUGCCCAGCAGGGGCAAUAACAUGUUAGUUAGUAGCUCAGGUGUUAUGUGAAUGUGCUGGAGAGAAAGUAAAAAGUUGCUCUAUAGCAAAUUUAAAUAUAGAAUUUAUUUCUGUGAUAAAUUAUAUAUUCAAUACGCGUCUGGCACUUUGGAGAGGUGUUCUCUUCACGGAUGAAUCCCCGUUUUCACUGUACAGGUCAUGUAUGGCGUCAUGUCAACGUUGUGGAUCGAGUGGCCCGUGGUGGCAGUGGGGUUAUGGUAUGGGCAGACGUAUGUUAUGGAUAACGAAUACAGGUGCAUUUUAUUGAUGGCAUUUUGAAUGCACAGAGAUAAGGUGAAGAGAUCCAUUGCUGUGCCAUUCAUCCACGACCAUCACCUCAUGUUGCAGCAUGAUAAUGCACGGCCCCAUGUUGCAAGGAUCUGUACACAAUUCCUGGAAGCUGAAAACAUCCCAGUUCUUGCAUGGCCAGCAUACUCACCAGACAUGUUACCUAUUGAAAAACAAAUAUCAGUGGUAUAGCUAGUAGUGCCAAUAAUGCUCAAAACACCCGUGUGGUAUCCCCUAUACCAACACAAAGAAAUACAUAAAAUACAAACACAAAGGAUGGAGCAUAUAUACUAUUUCCUCUCUUCUCAAUUUGUUCAAUGAUGCUGUGGAGACAGAGAGGUAUACAAAAUAGUGCAGAUAACUUUACAAUAUAAACAUAAAGAAUAACAUGUGUAAGUAAGUACUCACAAAAUCAGAGCCAAUAUAGAACCUGGCUCUGGUAUUGAUGACCUCAGGAUCUAUUGCAGGGUGAUCCAAAUCCCUCUGUGAGUGGUUGGUGUAUCCAAUGGAAGCUUGUUCCCAAUAAUAAAUUGCAGAGGAUCCAGUAGAUAGAAAGGUAAAAAACUAUAUUUAUUGGAAACUGAUAACAUAAAAUAUAUAAAACAAAGAAAAAAAUUAGUAUGACCAAUACGCGUUUCGCCUCAUGUGGCUUCCUCAGUUGGCUGUGUAAUUCUGAAAAGUCCAUGUCCAUUUUUAAAUGUUUCUUAAUUAUUGAAAUUCGCUGGGUUUUUCCUCUGGAAUGCAUCGUGCGUUCCAUUGCUCCGUCGGCGUUUGCUUCCUGGUCCUGGUCACAUGGGAUAUUUAGAUGUCACUUCCGGGUUUCUAUCUGAAGUCACGAGUGGAACGCAUGAUGUGCUCCACUCUAGAUCACCUCCCAGUUCCGGUUACGUGUGCUUUCCGGAUUUCAAUCCACAGUCCUUAGGCUGUAGUCGCGAGUGGAACGCAUAAUGCGUUCCACUAGAUCUUACUUCUGGUUCCGGUCACGUGCAGUUUUCGUAAGUGGAACGCAUCAUGCCACCUAUGUCACCUAUUGAGCAUGUAUUGGGAUGCUCUGCAUCGCCAUAUACAACAGCGUGUUCCAGGUCCUGCCAAUAUCCAGCAACUUCGCACAGCCAUUGAAGAGGAGUGGACACUAUUCCACAGGCAACAAUUAACAACCUGAUCAACUCUAUGCGAUGGAGAUGUGUUGCACCACACAAGGCAAAUGGUGGUCACACCAGAUCCUGACUGGUUUUCAGACCCACCCAUACAGCAAAACUGCACAUUUUAGAGUGGCCUUUUAUUGUGGCCAGCCUAAGGCACACCUGUGCAAUAAUCAUGCUGUCUAUUCAGCAUCUUGAUAUGCCACACCUGUGAGGUGGAUGGACUAUCUCGGCAAAGGAGAAGUGCUCGCUAACACAGAUUUAGACAGAUUUGUGAACAAUAUGUGAGAGAAAUAGGCCUUUUGUGUACAUAGAAAUAAUCUUAGAGCUUUGAGUUCAGCUCAUGAAAAAUGGGGGCAAAAACAAGUGUUGCGUUUAGAAUUUUGUUCAGUGUAUAUCAAAAGUAGUAGCUGAGCUGCAGUUGAUCUUUGUUAUGACAGGUUCACUUCAAACAUGACCUCUUGAAUAUAUAUUGUACAUGGUGCACAAAAACACAAACUAAUCUGCAUGUGAACAAGUUAUAAACCCAUAAAACUAUUUAUUAAUUUUACUUACAAUGUUUGCUUUAAUCUCAUUUCAGAUAUCUCCUACAUAAAUUAUAGUAAUCAUCAUGAAUCUUUAAAUCCAGGGUUUGAAUCUUUAAAUCCUGAUCGUGACAUUAUUAAAAAAGAAACGUCAAUUCGUGACGAUAUUAAUCAUUAUUUCAUCCAGGCAAAUGACAUCCUUAUGGCUAAAGUUCUUCAAGGAUCAAAUGAAGCUAAGAAAGGUUGGUUUAUUUGUAUUUCUUACCACUUUCCUGUGUUCUAUCAAUUAUUAUAAAUGAGCAAUGGCCCAUUAUCUUCAGAGGUUAGUUCUUCUUCUCCUCCUAGUCCUCCUAGAUAAAACAAUUAUUUAAUUACUUUAUUUCAAUUAAUUUUAAUACUUUACAUAGAAGGUACAUAAAUAUAUAUGUAAUAGAAAAUAAAUCCUCAGUUUGAAAUGCUUGCAUUCAAUUUAAAUCCCUAAAAAAAAACCUAUGAAAUGGCUGGUAUUUUUCUGCCGAUCCUAGCUUUCUCAUUAUUUCAGGGUGACUUGGCAUUUCCUAAAACCAAACGCCCACCAGCGUUAUUUUGAGAUACAUUUGGUUCAGGAAAUGGCAACGGUUCUGGUUAUCAGAUAAGACAAAUUAAUCCAUACGAAAGUUUCAAAUAAGCCUGUUAGAAGAGUUUGGGGCCUGCAUGUCAAUGGGUUAGAUGACCAGAGAGAAGGACACUUUCGUUACAAGGUAGUGACUAGAGGUAUGGUCAGUCUACUAUGGUAGUCUGCCAAUAACUUUUUAUGUGACUAAAAAGCCUCACAAAUCCUAUUUACACAGACUGAUGGAUAAACACAUGUAUAUGGUUUACCAUCAAUGUGCUUAUGUACUCUUAGACAACACAAAAGAGGGACUUUAUGAUAGAAGAGAGCAAUUUGAACAUGAAAUAUGGCCAGUACCUUCUAAAUAAAGACACAUUACAUUGGCAGGUAUACACGAAGGCUUAAAGGUGCAGGAAUUUGGAAAACUUAUAAGACACUUUGGAGAGAGACAGAUCCUUCUUGCACAUUGACUUAUACAAGAGGCAUAAAUAGUUAUGUUGCUGGAAAUGUUCCAGGUUUAACAAAUCUUACUAUGUUUAUGAUCCCAAGCCAGAUUACCCAUAAGGUGACAAAGGCCGCAGUCUAGGGCCUGGGCUCCGACAGCUCUAGCUGUGAAGGGACCCUCCCUUAGCUGGCAGGAGAUCAUAAUUUCUCCCUGCUCAGCCUUGAAACCCCCUACUGUAAUGAGGAAGCUUUGGGGUCUGCAACUCUAUCAGUCACAGAAAAUUUUAAGAGAUCCCUCACAGUCGUUAGCGCUUCUCUUUGACUCAGUGUGCUGCAGCUUGUGCUCUGAGUCAUUAACAGAGUACGGGAUCACAAAGGAGCUAUUAAAGUGAUCUUCACCUGAUAAAGAUGCAGACCACAAUGCCCCAUCCAGUUCCUCUGAACACACACUGGACCACUUGGAAUCUAACUUCUUAGUUCACCCUCCACUGGACCACCAGGGAUUACACUUUUGCUGCUUAUCUUUUGGCAGGAGGAUGGCAAACUUCCCAGGUCACUUAGACUCCUCCGCACACAACACUCAGACUCCUCCAUACACAAAAUUCACCCACCACACACAACACUCAGCCAGCACCCACAUGCACAUCCAGACUUCCUCCCUCCAUAUAUAUCUCUCUGCCUCCUCCACAUACAACAUUUAGCUUCUACACACACUCUCACAUACAACACUUAGUCUUCCACACACAUACAACACAGCCAUAGCACGCACACAACACUAACAGAAAGAGAACUCUGGUAGGGGGCACUAUUUGGCAUCUUGCCUAUGUUUCUGUGCAAUCUUAAAUCGGAUGUGUUUAGAUCUCUACCAUAGGGUCCAUGCACAAAGCUAGAGACAAGCAAAUUGAAAAGAUCUGAGACUUUGAGUUCUCUGUACAGCCAAUCAUUUAGCUACAUUGACAGAAGCACUCCACAUCCAUUUGUAUGAUCCUUCAUUUGAUUUAUUCCAACAGCAAAAUUUACCAUUAUAGUUGGUAAACCAAAAAACCAGAAGACUCCUGUUACUUUACAAAUUGUUGACAAAAAACAGUAUCUCACGUACGAGUCUGGCAAGCUUAUACUACAGGUGAGUUAACGGGUCCUCUUUGGUCACUCAAAAAACAUAUAUCUUUAUCUUAUAUCUUUUUUCUCUCAAAUCUUUAUUUAAGUACAGAAGACAAUAUGAAGAUCAGGUAUGUGGAGCAUUCAACAAUUUUAUAUAGGGAAGUUUACAUAUCUUCAGAAAGAGGAGAGGAGCGUAGGCGUAAAUAAUAAGUGGAAAGUAGAAAACCGCGACAGUUAGAGAGAGAAAGUGUCUGCUGCAGGGGAGAGGGUAAAGAUACAUUAUCCUGUAUCUCUAAGAAGUCACUAAUCCAGUGAAGUCUACUGGUAACACCCAGGUUUUCUGAAAUAAGGUCCUGACAUGACCAGUCAAUUUAUCCAUUACACAAUUAUCUCUAAUAACUUUUUGUUUCCACUUUUUAAUUAAAGUUUCUAAGUUAUGUAGGAUAUGGAAAGUAAAAAAUAAUGAGGGAGAUGUUUUUAAAGUGGGCUUAAAUUAGAAGUAGGUGCGUCAGACCUGCCAUCAGAAACCAUGAGGCCCAUUACAAAGCCAUCAACAACGCCCGCCUCCUAGAUAUACACAGCAAGAUACCCAUAUACUGAUACACACUGACAGAUACACACACAAAGACAUGCCCAAAUUUCAAGUAAGUCUGCUGUAUACACAGCUUCGGGACGGCACAUGGGAGCGGGUCAGCCCUACUGGUACCAUGGUUCGUUGUUGGUACAGCUUUAGUACUUGGGCGAGAAUGAGAAAUAGCUCUUUCCCCUUCUCAUUCGACACCUGCAGCAACAGGUCAUCUCACCCCCACAAACAGCAAAAGAAAUUGCAGGAGAUAGUACGGUGAUGACGUCAGCAUGAUAAACCAAUGGGCAACCACCUAUACCAAGAGCUGCCUGCAGUUACAGGAGAAAAAGUGAGCGACUGGGAGAGGGCACAGAAUAGUACAAGUAAGCAAAGGGGAGAAGAGGGGUGCAAGUGAGGGAUAGGGAGAAAAAAAGAGUAGAAGACAGUAAACAAAUGGGGGAAUGAACAGAAAGGAACAACUGGAGAAAGAGAGGGUUGUGGAGAGAUGGGAAUAAUUGGGAAAGGGGGAGAGGAACACAUGUGAGACUGAAAUAAAUGAAUAUAGGGGUAUGGAGAAAGAUAAAGAGGGCCAGAUGGGAAUUGAAUACAUAGUACACAAACACACUCACAUAUGUUCCCUAAAGCUUCACACAAAUAUGCUCCUGCAUGCACACACUGACACUCUAUAAAAACACAUCAAUAAAUUCACACACUAACCUUCUACACAAAUACACCCAUCAUUCACAUGCAGUCACUAACACUUCACACAAAAAUGCCCCUACAUACACAUUGCCAUUCAGCCACAUAGUCUGAAACGAUCAUAUUCCAUUAUCCACCCAGUCAGAUAGUCCCAGUCAUACUUACUCACCCUAUCACAUUCACUCAACAUAAGAUGUCACCUACCCCCACCCACCUUGCACUUAUUGCCAUCUAGUCACCCAGCUAGUUAUAAUUUCCAUGCAGUCAUACCUCAAACUAGUCCACUUCAUCCAUACAGUCAAAUACACCAAGCUUCAUUUAUAUGGUGGGCCUGGGCUCAUCGAGGAAAUGGCCUUGGGGCAGCCAAGAGGGUAAAUCCGACCCUUCACAAAGAACUAUACACUAUCACACAGAUACACGCACUGUCAGACACAUACAAAUACAGACAUACUAUCAGACCCACAAACAUAAUCAGACACAUACACACACAAAGAUGGCCAGAAACAUCUAGAACUUCAACCCUCUUCCUCUUAUCCCUUCAUAGCCAGCAACAGUCCCUUCUCCCUCUCCCAAUUAAAAACAUACGUUUCUCCCAAUCCAUGUUAAUCCCAGGGCAGGUAUUUUCCCCGCAGCCCUUCUCUUCUCUUUCUCUCAAAUCCUCUACAAAAUCACUGGAUCAAAAGUGUGUGCAUAAAGGAAUGCUUAGAGGAUGUGAUAUCAAAUCCCCCAGUGCUGCCACUCUUGUGGGGGCCAUCAAGGAUUCUCUUUUGAUAAGGGGCCCGCUCUGCUGGACAAUGUUAGGGAAGAUACUUCAACAUCCCCAAAUGUAUACAAUUACGCAAGACCUCACAUAUGCCACAGAUAUACUGGGGUAUUGCCUAAAUCCCCAUGAAGGCAGCCCUGAGAGGGGUGACUAAAUAGUAGAACCCCAGAUAUGGUAGAACUACAACUCUCUAUUUGUGAGGGUGGCAAAGCAUCAUGGGUGUUUUUGCAAAUCUUAAUGUAGCAAUCAAAAAAUGCAACAUAGAUGCUAUGUAGAAGAUAAACAGACUGGGGAGUUUGUUGUCUGGGAUGGGGUUGGCUCUGGUUUGAUGAUGUAAUGGGAGCUAGUGUGGCCUCUAUUUUACUGAAAAGCCUUUCCUUUUUUUGCUUCUUGAAAUGCUUUGGUAAUUUUGCAUAACUAGCAAACUGACAUGUGUGCAGCUUUGUUAAUGGAAGUGUGGAGUAUGCAGUAUGGACAAACUAGCUGCAACUUCUGAUCAAUUUUUAUGAAGUAGCAGCAGUCAUCAGUGGGUACAACCAUAGCUGGAUGGACCUAGGGCUCAGUAGUUAGACAAGUAUAGACAGGGAACUGGGCACCAAAAAUGUUCUUGACCACGUUGUCACAUUCAACCUGUUCUUGACCAAGUUGCCACAUUCAUCCUAUUUACAUUAAUUAUAGAGGGGGCAAACUGGUAAACCUCCUUAGGGCUCUGUGGGAUCUUCUCUGGAUGCAACCAAUUCCACAUUAAGGGGCAUGAGUAAAGCUCUGUCAUGAGGAACAUUCAAGUGGCUGGGAUUAGCAUUGGGUGGGGACUGUGGUAUGAAGAGAGGUUGGGCUACUGAAUGAUGAAUGCCCCCUUGGAGAAGACCGCAUACAAUGUGUAGUCACAAAUUCAUCAAAGUCAUAAUAGGAAAAGAUAGCAGCAAUGGAAGACUGUCCAGAAUUCCACUGCCAAAUACAAAAUAGAGAAAAAUCUAUAUUUAGUAAAUAUACCACAAAUGACAACAUGCAUGCUUUUAAUCAUUCAUUUAUUUUUAUUUAUUGGGGUUAUAGCUAAAAAAAAAAAAACUAAAGAUGCAGUUUUUAUGUCUGCAGCCUUUGAAAGUCCUCCCCUUCUCCCCGCCUAGACUUUCUGUGGAUGUCCAAUCAAAGUCUUCUUUGCAAGGCAGGUGCUCUGGGCUUUUAAAGGGACACUAUAGUGAAGAUUGAGAAAUUCUUUCCUAUGAACAGUUUGAAUGCGCGCGCGGCUCUUGCAGCGCAUGUGCAUUCCACUCCACUCAGGAGCCGACGUCGGAGUGGGAGGAGAGGUCACCAGUGCCAAAGGAGCCCGGCGCUGGAUUAAAGUAAGUAACUGAAGGGGUUCUAACCCCUUCAGGACCAAGUGAGGAGUGACCUAAGGGUUGUAUAGUGUCAGGAAAACAAUUUUGUUUUCCUGACACUAGAGUGAUCUUUUAAGUGCCUAUUGGGUGUAGUUCCACUGAGCUGAACAAACCAGAAAGUAACAGGAUCUGUUGUCUAUUUAGAAGUCUAUUGAAAUCUGCACUUUUUGCAAUAUAAAAAAGAGGACACACUCUUUACACCUUAGGCUUUGCAGCAAGCUAUAGUGUUUUAGUGGUCUGGAGUGUCUGAGAUAGCACAUAAAUAAAAGCAUAAUUUUAACAUUGAGUUAUACAUUCAAUGCACACAUCCAAAUAGGAUUAGAAAGUGAAUGGCACAUUGCAACACCAAAAGUAAGGGACUUUAAAUAAAGUAACAUAAGGAACAUUUUAAUAAAAUAAAUAAUACAAUAAAGGAGCAUACUUUGAAAGGUACUUAGAACGCUAAGAACACUUAGUAGGUACAUAGAAUUUCCUUCCAGUAAUAAACUAAUUGAAGGAAGCGUGGGAUGUGCAUAAAGCUGUCCUGAAGAUCAAUAAGUAAAACCAGCCAGGUUUCAUUAGAACCAGUCUAGAUGGUGCAAUUUAUUGUUAAAUGUUUUUCUAUACUCAUGUUAGACAAGCUGUCACACCCUAGCACAUAUUUUGAAAAUUAUUCACAAACCUGUAUAGCAUCUUCAUUGGGCAACACAGUUAUUAUCAGGGUUUAACAAGAUGUGACAAAAUCUAUUGUUUGUUUAUACAUAUAGCAAAACAUAUAUAUUUAUGUAGUAUUCUAAAAAAGAUUGUGUUCUAGAGAAAAUAAAUGACAUUCAAAAUGUGUAAUCCUGAAGUUGCAUUCUGUGUUUUUAACAGGUGUAUCAAGAUUCAGAUAUUGAUUAUUCAAACCAGAAUCCACCGAAAUACUUUUUCUACAUGUCUGAAACCCCUGACUCAAAAUACACAUUUGAGCCUGUCAUGGCCCAAAACAUGGUCAUCAGCACAACAAAAACAGACACCUCUAAAGUCACAGUGGAGCCAAACUCUUCCAAUAUCCAUUACAAUGCAUUUGUACUGGACACAGAUCUCGUUUUGCUAAUUAAUAAUGGAGAUGGGAUGGAAUUCUUGAGGCGUCAACAGAGAGAGGAAUCAUUUGGUGAGUCGAAACAUUCUUACCUGCAUUUUGUUGUAGAUCCUUUCCAUAUUGCAGAGAUGAUCCACUGACUUGAAAAAUCUUUAAAUUACUUUAUAAAUGAAAGAGCUCACGUGGCUUUGAGCCCAAAAGAUUUUGGCUCACAGUGCAACAAGCUUAAAGGACCACUAUAGUUCCAGGAAAACAUACUCGUUUUCCUGGCACUAUAGUGCCCUGAGGGUGCCCCCCUGAGGGUGCAAGAGCCGCGCGUGCAUUCAGCCAGUCUCAUAGGAAAGCAUUCUCAAUGCUUUCCUAUGGACGCUACCGUCUUCUCACUGUGAAAAACACAGGGAGAAGUGCAGAAGCGCCUCUAGCGGCUGUCAAUGAGACAAUGGAUUAACCCUAAUAUAAACAUAGCAGUUUCUAUGAAGCUGCUAUGUUUACAGCAGAAAGGGUUAAUCCUAGGUGGACCUGGCACCCAGACCACUUCAUUAAGCUGAAGUGGUCUGGGUGCCUAUAGUGGUCCUUUAAAAUGGCUCUGUCACAGCCAUAUACCAUUUUUUUGUACCACCACUAACCGCAGUAGAGUCCCAGCAAAUUAAUUAUUACCUAUCAAGACAUCCAGACUUAUUAUAUUUAUGGCACUGGAUCCCUAUGAUCAUAUCUCUAAAGGAUACAGAGGAAGGACUGGAAAGAGAGGUGGGCAUUGUGGGAAAAGUUAUCUUGACAUAGGAAGUGGAGCUUACCUUAAGCUCCAACCUUUGCAAGAUUGGCAAGCGUAGAAAAAUUACAUAAGACUUAUGCUUAUUAAAGAGAAAUACAUGACACAUGAAGAAAAAAAAGAACAGAUUCUAAAAGAGAAUGUGAAGUGGAAACAAUAGGAUAAAGGUACCUUUAAAGUGAGAAAGUCACUUUAAGAGGAAUUGAAACUUUGCCUUAAUUGCUUAGAUGAAAUGUAUGAAUUUUAAAACUGAGUUACACUUAAAGUGGCACCUCACAGUAUAGGGACUUUGCAAGUUUGCAAAGACCCUGGAUAGUGAUAUUGAUGCUGGGGUUCCAGUGGCCCAGGGAGGCAAGCAAAGGCAAGUUUAACUAACCUAAACCUGUCCCUCAUGGGCACCUCCAUCUUCUUCUAGAAAGUCCUUUUUUGCUCCUGGCUCUUCAUGUGCGAGAGUACAGCAUUGAGGUCUAUGGAGGGUCCUGUGAGACCACUAUAUCUUCCAUAGACAGAGCCAAUUCCCUGCAGCCAUGCAUUGACACUUCUAGAUAGUGGUAACUCUGCCCAGUGUCUAAAAGUGUCAGGCACUUUGUCUCACUAUAUCUUUUGACUGGGUUGGCAUUUUAGUGUUUUUUCCAGCACAGUCAAUAUGAGUAUUUCAUAAAGAUUCUGUGUUUAUGAAAUACUAGUUGUGUGUGUGUGUGUGUGGGAAGGGGAACAGUGCUGCUUUCAUGAACCACAGUAUUAAUGAAGUGGUAUGGGUGCAGUGCGCUGUCUUUUUACCCGUAAAAACAAAAACAAAAACAAAAAAAAAUGUUUAUAUUACAGGGAUAAAUGAACAUUCCACUGCUCAAAUAAAAACAAAUACAUAAAUAAUCACUGCAUGCAUUUAAAACAUGCGUGCAUUUAAUAAUGUGGAGGUGUAUCUAAAACACCUUGCAGAAGUUACAGAUCUCUUGUCUGCAGCCUUUGCAAGUCCACCUUUUUCUCCAGUCCAGACAUUCUGUGGCUGUAAAAUCACAGACUUCACAAUGCAGCUCAAUGAGAAGUCUUUGCAAGGCAGGUGCUCAGGGCAAUUUCUGCCUCUUGAGUUUAGCUUAACUGAGCUAAACAACCAGGAAGAAACAGGGCCUGUUGUCUGCUUGAAAGCCAGGGGUGUAACAGUAAAGAUAAUUUCUGAAUUCAUGAUUUCUAUUGAAACCUCUGCUUUUUGUAAAAUGAAAAAAGGACACAUGUAAAGCAUUUCAGCAAGCUAAAGUACUUUAGGGAUCCAGAGUGUCCCUUUAAGUCCAUCUCUAGUGACUGUCACUUGAAGCUAAAGCAUAAAUUGUAAAGCAUUGAGUCAAUUCUUUCCUAUGGGGUAGAUUGAAUGUGCAUGUGGCGCUUGCUGUGCAACGCUAAAGGAGCCCCUGUACUGGAAAAAGUUAAGUCAAGCUUUAAUUAUUAUUUUUUUAUUGAAAACAGGGGAACCUAUAACAGGGACAGGGACACUGUAGCGUUAGAAAUACAGUUGUUGUUUUUUUAUUCCUAACGCUAUAGUGUUCCUUUAAAGUUAGAUUAGAUUAAGUGAUUCAUGGAACAUAAGAAUGUUUGAAAAAUGUUCCUUGGAGAUUUUUCCUCUAUAAAGAUGUAAAAAUAACAGUCCCACUUGCACAAAAUAUAAUUCAUAUCAAUCUAUUCACUAAACAUUUGUAUGAACAAAAUUUCGUGAAAAUUGUCAAAUUCUAAAUGGAUUAACAUUUCUCAAAUAUAUUAAAGCGAAAUCUGGUUGCCAUUCAUUCCCACCCACUGAAUCUGCACCAUUCGGCCAGAACCAUCUGUGUCUGGUUUAAAAUUAGGGUUUUUCGCGUCGGAAACCUAUAAACAAUUUAGGAUCUUUUCAAACUAUUUGCUUGCUGGCAACUAGUGCACUUUUAAAAUCUGAGCCCCGAUUUUAAGCACCUGGGUCUCAAUUCUAACCAAUUUCUGGACAAAAUUCAGGGUCGUUCAGAACCUCUUAUUGUAUUGCAAAUUCCAGACAUUAUUAAACUGUGUGAAUCACCAUUCAGCAAUCUGAAUGGCACCAUAUGAAACCAGAUGUUUUUUUUCAAUUCUGACUUUAUUGGAUAGACCUCAUAGUAAUAUCAGUAAUAUUAAUAGCUAUUCUCUUCUAGAUAUACAAAUAUGUGUCAAAGUAUUGAAAUAUUGCUUGCUAAAGUAAAGUGUAUUUCUGUUUCAGGUGACUAUGACCAAUAUUUUCUAAAUGGAUCUGGAACAAUGUCUGCACAAAGGAAUCUGAGGCGAGGCAUGAGAUGUUGGGGAACGGUUCACUUGAAGCAGAUGGUUUGUCCUACACAGUGGCAGCAGGAACAAAUAAGCUACAAAGGUCAGUGCAGCAGAAUAUCUAUGAUCUGCUAUCCCACACAAAAUCAAUAGUCUGUAACUCCUUAUGGCUCUUGAUGACCACACUGGUCAAGUGCUGUUGCGUGUUCACUACAUUUAAGUAAAGGAACACUUCAAGCACUAUAACCACUUCAGCUUGUUCUGGUGCCACCCCUUUGUAGGGAAUCCAAAUGUUCUUUGAAAGGUUUGACUUCUUACCUGGAUUCUGUCCGACACCGCUAGUUGCCACCACUACCAACACCAAAGAGCCAGUAGUUCCAAAGCAGGAACUUCAUUAGCUCUCAUGCAGUUCAGGGCUAAGCACACUGGCUGAGAGUAUCAGCUGACCAUUCUAAUCAGUCAGAAUAAGAUACUCAACUCAGAGAGGCUGUACUCUCAAAAUCAAUAGAUAUCUAAUUCUUUUAUUAUUAUUUUUUUUUUUUUUACAAAACAAGAUACAAGAUUGUAGCAGUACCCCAAGUAGUACAGGGUUUCACCGCCAGAAACGUCCUUUUCCCGUCCUUUUCCCAAGAGUGAGAGGUGCUGUAGCAAACCCAGAGUCAUCAGUGAGAGAAGCAGGAACAGCUCUUACAAGAGCUAGUGAUUGUGUUAUAGUGAUUCCCUACAAUAAGAGUCAAAACUUGGUAUUGAGGGUGAAGAAGUCUGAAGGUUUAAUGGUACAGGUUGGCUUUAUAUACAAUUCCUCAGGCCAGAGGCACACCCCCUGGACCUGAUGGAGCACCGCAUUACAAACUGUACAGACCAAUAAGAACAAUAUAACAAUGUCCGACACUCCCACAUACAGCACACAAUCCCUCCCCUCUGCCUGUGAUAUAAUUAAGGUAGACAAUGUACUAAAUUAAUUAUUCCCAGGCAGAAAAAACACAUUUUUACACAAAGUGUGGAAAACACCCCAAAACAUAACAUAUCCCCUGAUAGCCCUGAUCUGGGUGAACAACAUAUCCAAAAAUCACCCAGAUCAGAGCAGGGGUUCAGGAAAUUAAUAGAAGUCUCUUUUGACCGACCACACGCAUGGUUUCAUGACCAAAAUAGUUCCAGAGAAUUAGGCUGUGCGGCCGGUCUAUUUAAAAUAAUUGAAUUACCAUUCAAAUUACUGAACGGAAUGGUGAAUGGCCAUGGUUAAAGUGUUUCUCUUGUUCGUGGGCUUCAAUUCACCAAACGUCGUUCGACUAUACAAAUGAAUAGUCAAAUUUCUCUGGAAGGUAACUGUGACAAAACCCCUGCUCUGUGAAUACCAAGACCCUUUAUUUUGUAUGCUGUUUGUGCAUUUAGCACUAUGUUAUUCCAUUUUAUUGUUCCGAACAAACUACUGAACAGAGAGACCACACGCAAUGGGAGUGUGCAGCUUAUUAACCUCCCAGAAGCUGCGGUUAAGAACGAACACGUGGCGGCGGCCAUCUUAAACUGACGAGCGCCCAGCGGUGUUUGGUCGUCGACCGCAUGGAACUAUUUUCUGCCACUAUUUCCCACGAACACCGCUGGGACUGCCAAACUUCCAUCCCUUUGUCUCCGUUUACCAUUAAUACAUAUAGAGGGUGGGGGUGGUAGAGAACUCACAGAUUAAGAUGAAUUCAGGCGUAUCUCCCUUAAUAUUAGGGAAUUAAUGAAGUGUGAGGGACCUCCAGCGAUGCAAUUCUGGAUAGAAAGUAACAAGUCUUCUUGCCCACUCAAAAUAGAAGGAAAUAAUUGAUAGUGCAGAUUGUAUAAAAAAGUAACAAUUUAUUACAUAUAUUGCACUCACAGUGUUUCAAAGCAAAGACAGCAUGUCUCCACACCAUGUAUCCAUGUGUUUCAGCUAGUGCAAUCACGGCAGAGAGUUGCAAGCGGCACCAGCAACAAUGAAAUAAAAUAAAAAUAAAAGUUCAUAUGAACAAGUAAACAGUUCCAACGCGUUUCGUUCUCUUCUGGUCUAAUUAUCCGAUAUAAAGGAUAAUAAAUAUUCAAUUAAUAUUGAUUUUCUUUUUAAAAAGGCUUAAAUAUCUAGCACUGAAAUGCUCAAUACCUAUAUGGUAACAUACUGUAUUGCUACAAGGCUGAUACACUUUAUAUUCCUUUGUUAUAAUGAGAUCUACUUGUCACUGCCGUUAUUUGGUAUGGAGUUUUCACUCGGUCCUCUAUACCGGAAAUGACGUCAAUCGGAAGUAAAGAAUGCGUUCCAAGGUGGAACGCACACCAUCACCUGCGAGCAAUAUUCCCAUUCCCUGGUGGAUAUAAAAGGAGAAUCUAUUCGGAUUAGAGAUACCACCUGGUGUGGAGACAUGCUCUCUUUGCUUUGAAACGUUGUGAGUGCAAUAUAUGUAAUAAAUUGUUACUUUUUUAUACAAUCUGCACUAUCAAUUUUUUCCUUCUAUUUUGAGUGGGCAAGAAGACUUGUUACUUUCUAUCCAGAAUUGCAUCACUGGAGGUCCCUCACACUUCAUUAACUCCCUAAUAUUAAAGGAGAUAUGCCUGAAUUCAUCUUAAUGGUAUUACACUAUAUAUUUUUAUAUUUAUUCCUAUAUCUAAGGCAGAAUACACCUACGUUAUCCAGUUUGUAUUAUUUUUUAUUAUUAUCACUUUGUGGUGAACGACACAGCUUUUCCCUUUGGUUUUUUUCUUUUCUUUUUUAUUAUUGUAUCUUGAGUGUCUGUAAGGGAACACUUUAAAAACCUUGGGUAAUCUGUGUAAUAUAGCACUAACAGUUAACCCUCUGUUUUCUGUAUAUUGAUAUUAUCAUUUUAAUAUAUUAUAUUAGUAUUAUAUAUAUAUUUUAAUUUUACUACCAUCUGCAUGCCACCUUAGAUAUCUUUAAACAUCAAUUUAAAAAAUGAAUUACUUUAGCAUUUUUACUUUUAAAUGUUGAAAACUUUUAGAAUGUUUAUUUUUUUUAAAUUAAUAUGUUUUAAAAAAAGUAUAUAAUAAUGAAUAGGUUAAAUUUAAAGUAUUUUUAUUUUUAAUCUCAAAUGAACGUAUGAUGUAUAUGUUCCUAAUUAUGUCUUUUCUUUUUACCUACAGGUAUCCAGCCUGCAACUCUCUGGUGAUGGUUUUAGAACAGGUCUGGGUUGCUACUGACUGAUGUCUUGUUAUUGUACACAUUAUGUUACACAAAUAAAUGUAAAUAUCAAAGCAACACCGCAGUCCUUUUAUUUUUGUAUCUUU